GAACCUUCUCUCAAACAAGCAUCCGGCCAUUAUAUAUACACACAACAUUCAAUACAUUGUAACCAACAAAUCAAUCCCCAUUCUCCCCCACCAAAAUUCGCAAUCCUCUCACUAGAAUACACAUAUUGUGUUGUGUUUUGAUAAAAGCAAGAAAUCAUUUUAACUUCAUUCAUUAAAGAAUUAAAAGUGUCAAUAUAUGGAGAAUUUAAGCGGAAUGAAGAGGUUCGCUGUUCUCCUAUGCGCGGAGGAUUCGGAUUACGUGAAGAAGAAGUAUGGUGGAUACUUUGGUGUUUUUGUUAGAAUGCUUGCUGAAGAUGGGGAGAUUUGGGACGUGUAUCGUGUUUGCAACGGUCACUUUCCUUCGGAUGAAGAGAUCGAGCUCUACGACGGCUUUGUGAUCACGGGGAGCUGUAACGAUGCGCAUGGUAACGAUGUUUGGAUUUGUAAACUGCUCGUUUUGCUUAACAAGUUGGAUUCCUUGAAUAAGAAAGUUCUUGGCAUUUGCUUCGGUCAUCAGAUACUAGCUCGUUCCCUUGGAGGAAAGGUUACUCGUGCAGCAUCGGGGUGGGAUAUAGGAGUUCGGACCGUUCAUUUUUCGACAUCCAUGAAGACUUCGAUUAAUUUGAAACUGCCAGCUCGGUUAUCCUUGAUUGAAUGUCAUCAAGACGAGGUUCGCGAACUCCCGCCCAAGGUAGAGGUCUUGGCAUCAUCGGAUAAAACAAAGGUUGAGAUGUUUAGGUAUGGGGAUCGUAUCAUGGGCGUUCAAGGCCAUCCUGAAUACACCAUGGAUAUUCUUACGCAUCUCAUUGACCGCCUUCUCCAACGUGGUUAUAUUGAGGAGGGGAAUGCUAUAAAAGGGAGAGCUAGUGUGGAUGAGCAUGAACCAGACAGGGAAGCAUGGAAACAACUAUGUACCAGCUUUCUAAAGGGGAGAUUAUGAUCAAUGGAAAACUAGAAAAACAAAAUCAUUUAUGUAUUCUUUAAAUAAAAAAAAUUAAUGGAAUUGAAGGUGUAUAUAUUAACUAUCUUUGUCUUUCCUUUUAUGAAUUCUUAAAAUUAAAAAUUAUUGGAAUUGAAGGUAUAUAUAUCAA